UUAGCCAAUGUGUGGAGGACGUGUGAAGACUUCGGCUUAAAAAAAAGCAAAAAAAAAGCGACAUGUGCGUUUGGAAAAUUCCGGUGUGGUUUUGCAAUGAAACUGUCACACAGUCAGAGUCAGAGAGAGGAAGAGACAGAGAGGUGGAGGGAGGGGAAGGGCCGCACAAAUGUCAAACUACUUCACUUGACGCAAGAUGGAUCCUCUCUCUCUCUCUCUCUCUCUUUGAUUCAUUACAUACAACGUGUUGAUAGUAUUUUUUAAUUAGCCAGUGUUCUGUAGUGUUUCACAGCUCUCUCCUGACACACAAUGGACUCUAACAUUAUGGAGAUAAUAGAGGAAUUCAUGGAGAGUGCGUUGGCGCAAUGGGUUCAGCUGUUUGAGAAGAUGGUGGAGAGGGAGGACGGCGUCCCGCUCUACAGCCAGUACAUGGAAGUAAACUCAAUUACCCAGAGUACCCGGGAUCGUUACAUGAGGCUGACCAAUGGGAUUUUCCUCAAUGAGAUCAUGAGGGUCAUAGACCCGAACCCCAAGGUGGAGCGGCUGUACGACAGCGAGAACGAUGAUCACAUGCUGAGAGUCCAGAACUUUUCUAUUUUAAAUCGUCACAUCAGAGCCUACUACCAGGAAGACCUGCAGCAGUUGAUACUGAUGCCUCUCCCAAACGUUGCCAUUCUGGGGCAGGACCCCGUAACAGAGGCCGCCGUGGAAGAGCUCAGGCGACUGCUGCUGCUCUUACUAGGAUGUGCUGUGCAGUGUGAGGAGAAGGAGACGUUCAUCCAGCAGAUCCAGUCUCUGGACAUUGAGACCCAGGCAGCCAUUGCCAGCUGUAUCCAGCAGGUGACUCAGGAUCCUCGCACGGUGCUGCCGCUGAGGUGGGAGGAGCUGGUGGAGGUUGAAGGUGCUGACUUAGAGGUGGCGUUCUGCUCCAUGGCCAAACAGAUCCAAAGCCUGCUGACACAGAGAGACACACACCUGGAGAGGAUAGCAGAGCUGUGUCGGGAGCGGGAGGCCCAGUCUGACUCAACCACGGCGCCCCUGGGUGGUCACAGCGAGGAGCCACCCCAAGGUCUGGCACUCCAGCUGGCAGACAGCAAGGCCAAACUCCGCCGCCUCAAACAACAACUGGAAGAUAAAGGUGAUCAGAUAUUAGAUUACAACCUGGAGAUUCAAACCAUGGAGGACCAACUCAAGAAACUUCAGAAAGAGAACCGCUCUCUGCAGGGUGAGGUGAGGGGCAUGCGUGCACUGCGGGAUGAGCUGGACUGCGCCCGAGAGCGAGCCGCACGGGCCGAGCAGCUCCAGACUGAGCUUCAGAGCUGUAAACACAGACUGCGCAGCCUGGAGCUCACACGCACUCAGCUGAAGGAGCAGCAGCAUCUGUGUGCAUCGCUGCAGGAAACCAAAGUUCUUCUGGAACAACAGCUGGCCAACGCACGAGCGCGCUGCUCCUCGCUACGGGAGCUGGAGAGGGACAAUCUUUUGCUGCGUCAGAGAAUCGUACACGUGGAAGCGGAGCGGGACACUGAGAAGCAGCGAGUUGAUGAGCUGCUGGAGAUGAACAUGAGCCUGGAGGCGGACCUGAAGCACAGCGGUGGCGGCGUUCCCGGUCCGGUCAAUGCAGUUCACCAACGUUUCCUCCAAUCACAACUGGACUCUGACGAGGAGCUGAGCGACCUGAUUGAUGAGAAGCCGCUGAGCGUGGAGGUGGGCGAGGCUUCGACGCUGAUGCUGCUGGGAGCGGAGCAGGAGAACGCGGAGCUGAGGAGACGACUGGAGGAGCUGCAGGCCCAGCAGGAGGCUGAUUCUCCAGAUGCAAAGGAUGAGCUGGCUCACCUGGAGACGGAGCAUCAGAAGACACUCAGAGAGUUUCAAAACUUGAAGAAUGAAAAUGCCACUUUGAAGCAACGCCUUGAACAGCUGGUGACAAAACUGCAACACGUAGAAGACAAGAGGAAGAGGGAAGGAGUGAAGACGGCAGACAGAAAGGAGGAGGUGGAGGUGGAGAGAGGAGUCCAGGGCUCUGAGUCCUGCAGAGGAGAGGGGGAAGGAACGGUGAGGAUGGUGGGGGUGAGGGAGAGAAGAGGAGAAACCAUUGGGACCCAGAGGGAAGCAGGAGUUGGGGAAGAGAUUCUGCAUGUUGAAGGGGGAAAAGGAGAACCAUGCGAUGAGGAGUCCAAGAGGAGAGGAGAGGCAGAGGGAGGACAGAAAGACAAAGAGAAAAAGGAGAUAGAAAGACAAAUAACUGCAGCAACAACAACAACCUCAGAGAUCCAAGAUCACCCCAAAAGUGUAGAAGCUGACACAGAGAUGACAGCUGCAGACCAGGCUGUUUGUUCCCUGUCUGGUCCUGAUGUGGAGCUUCUGACAAACCGGCUCCAGGAGGCCCAGGAGGAGGCUGACAGGCAGGCGACGGUGGCCCAGGACCUGCGCUCCAAGCUGGGAGAGCAGAGCAGGAAAACCUGGGAGGCCGAGCAGAGGAUGGUGGUCCUGGAGGCCGAGCUGCAGCUUCUGAAGAAAGCUGCUGAAAGUCUGGGAGAAGCCCGCCGGCAGAUAGAGGUUCUUCAGUCGGACGGUUUGGUUAUGGAGGAGGAGCUGUGCCGCCUGCGGAGCCAAGCGGAGCUUCACAGGAUGCAGACCACGGUCAUCGCCACCCUGGAGGGCGAGCGGGCCGCUCUGGAGAGAGACAGGGACACGCUGCGCAGCACCGUGGACGCCCUGCGCAGCGCCCAGCGCAAGAGUGACCAGUUAGAGCUCACCGCUCAGACUCUCAGGGCAGAGGUGGAACGACAUGGUCGGAGUUUGGAGACGUCUCGUCGUCGGGAGGAGGAGCUGGAUGCAGAGCUCCGCGAGGCCACCGUGGAGGCCGAAUCUCUGGCCCGGGCGCGAGACCAGGCGCUGAUAGAGUCGUCGAGGCUGGAGCAGGAGAAGGAGGUGUGCCAGUCGGAGCUGGACGGCCAGCGGAAAGAGGGGAGGCAGCGAGAGAGGGAGGCGGCGAGGCUGAGGCAGCAGCUGGAGAGCACGACCUUGGCCCUGGAGCACAGCAACCAGAGAGCUCGGGCUCUGGACGCCGAACACAGACGUGUGUGUCAGCAGCUGUCUGAAUCCAAGGAGCUCUGCACUCGGCUGCAGGACCUGGAGAAGGAGUUCAGCACUCGAUUAACCAGCAUGGAGGAGGGUAAACAGCAGCUGCAGGAGCAGUACGCAGAUGCUCAGGCCAAGAUUAAUUCACUGUCCCAGGACCUAUCCAAUGAGCAGGCUUGUUCCCAGAAACUGUCCACUGAAGUCCAACGUCUGAGCCAGAAACUACAAAAAGCCGAAGCCGAACUAAAGACGACCACCAAUUCUCUCAACAAAUCACAGGAGAGAAUAGAGUCGCUCUCCCAGCACCUUAAGAAAAGUGAAUCCCUCCUCCAGUUGGAAAAGAGAAGAGGAAGUGCGGAGGUGGACGCUACGUCUAAUUCAAAUUCAGACUCCUCAAACAAGAUGCACAUUUCUCAGACACACACCCAGGAGACGACACAUCUGGAUCGAUCCCCUGCAGCUGGCAAAGGUCGUGACCUUUCAGUGACCCAUGAUUAUGCUACAGAAGAGAUGGACAGGCAGCUGAGUGAGAGGCUGAUAGAGCUGGAAAGAGAGAAAGCAGUGGCGGUUACAAGACAGGAGGCUUUGCUGUCGCGGCUGUCUCAGUCCCAGGAGGCGUGUGAGCACCUGAAGGAGCAGCUGGAGUCUCUGCGUCGGCACUCCCUCAGCCUGCAGGACUCCUGCACCCAACUACAGACACUCAACACCCAGCUACAGGUGGAGCAAGCAUCCCAGAGCUCCCAGCAUGCAGCAGUGCUGGCGCGCUGCAGUGAGAGCGAGGCCCGGUGUGCGGCUCUGGAGGCCGAGUCCAAGGUGUGGGCGCGGGAGCGCGAGGAGUCGGUGGCCAGGAUGGAGGCUCUGAGGCGGGACCACGACCGGAUGACCGCUCUGCAGCAGCGGCAGGAGGUGGAGCUGGAGGAGCUGCUGGAUAAACACUCUCAGCUGAGGAGCAACAACCGCAGCCUGGAGGCCCAGCACAGGGAGUUGGAGGCCAGGUACAAGGAGCUCCUGGACGGUAAAACCCAGCUGGAGGAGAGAGAGCGGGAGAUGAAGACGGAGAGAGAGGAGAUGGAAGCAGAGGCCCAGAGGAGACUCGAGAGAGAACGAGAGCUGGAGAGGCUGAAAGAAGACAACGAGAGGCUGCAGGCCCAGCAGAAGGAGGGGUUGGCGUCACAGGCGGAGCUGCUGGCUCAGGGCUCGGGUCUGAGGGCCGAGCUGAGCGGCUCCCAGCUGGAGCGGACGCGACUGGAGGGGGAACUCAGCGGCCUGAGGGAAACCAACCAGAGCCUGGACAUCAGCAGCGCCCGCCUCACCAGCCAGUAUCAGCUGUUGACCCAGCUGAAGGGGAACAUGGAGGAGGAGAACCGACAUCUAGCGGAGCAGAACCAGAGCCUGCUGAAGGAGAACCGGUCCUUACUGGAGCAGAGCCUGGAGCGCCGUGACCAGCACCACUCACAGCAGAGGGAGCACCAGGAGAAGCUGAGCGAGCUCCGUCGGGAGAAGCAGAAAUUGGUGGAGAAGAUUAUGGAUCAGUAUAGAGUCCUCGAGCCCAGCAUGCUACCUCCAGCCAGCAAAGCCAAGAAAUCUAACUGGAUUGCGGACAGGAUGAAGAAGCUAAUCAAACCCCGGGGAGGAGGAAGAGAGGGACGCGCCCUCUUCACCGCCCUGGGCAGUGUGGAAAACCUGGCCGACAGCACUGAAUUUACAUCAGACACGCACACCCCUCACCCUGACCCCCGCAGUGCUCCAGUCUCUCCCUCUCCCAUGAGAAAAGCUCCGUCCCAGACAGAGCCGGACAUCUCGGCUCCCGGGACACCAGCCAUGCGCACCGGCUCCGGGGGCCGCCGUAAGCUGGGAUCCCGUCACGGCUGGGGGCUCGGCUUGUCCAGAGGCCCUGGAGUCUCCCAAUCCUUCAGUCCUGGUGACCAAAAAACACCGCCCCGCCUGCGGCUGCGCUCCAGCCAGAACACGUCCAGUGUCCUCUGGGAGGGACAGAAAGGCGAAACAAACACACCCCAGGCAGCAGACGCACCGCUGAGCAGUCAGGAGAGUGUCGAGGAGGAUGAAGGCAGAGACAAUCAACACUCCAGUGACGACACCACAACGACCUGAGACACAACUACAGUCAACUCUCAGUUCAAAAACGCUUUGUAUCAUGUGCUCCUGGCAAAAUGUUUUAAUACAGCUUUUUAUAUGUCUGACAAUAUUAAAUAUGAGAACCUUCUAGUAUUUUUAAAUGGAUGAAUAAAUCCUUCUGUCAAUUGUAAAGUGUUGCUGUGGUGUGAAGGAAUUAACCAACUCACUAGUAAUACACUGUAUAUAUAAAACACAAGACAAGUCAGAAAUUAAACUGAAUACAUCACUUAAUAUUAUUUUUCCCUUACCACAAAUCAGCUGAUAAAUUACAUUAAAAAUAUAUUUAUCUU